CCUCUAACUACCACACGUGCAGUAGCCGUCUCGGUCUCGGAUCGUUGGGCACCUAAAUACGAUCGAGUGGAGCUGAAGUACACCAGGUCGUCGAAAUAACAGUCUCAACAUGAUGAGUGUGGUUAGUAAGUCAGUUACCAUGGCAAUGAGGGGUGCCGCUAGAAGAGCCACAAUGGCCACAAGUGCUGCUGCCCAAACGGCUAACAGCAAGAUCGGUGAAAAGUCAGACGCAGUGUUUGCAAAGGAGCAAAAGUAUGGAGCUCAUAACUAUGGUCCUAUUCCAGUGGCCCUGUGUCGUGGAGAAGGUGUACAUGUGUGGGAUGUUGAGGGAAAUCGUUACUAUGACUUUCUCAGCGCAUACAGCGCCGUCAACCAGGGUCACUGUCAUCCAAAGAUCAUCCAGGCACUCAAAGACCAGGUCGACGUCCUCACGCUCACCUCUCGAGCAUUCUACACCGAUGUCCUUGGAGAAUACGAGGAGUAUAUGAACAGUCUCUUUGGAUACGAUAAAGUACUGCCCAUGAAUACAGGUGUGGAGGCAGGAGAGACGGCCUGUAAGCUGGCCAGGAAGUGGGCGUACCAGGUAAAGAAGGUGCCUGCCAACAAGGCGAGGAUCAUAUUUGCGGAUGGGAACUUCUGGGGCCGUACCUUGGCAGCCAUUUCCAGCUCCACAGAUCCAUCCAGUUAUGAUGGCUUUGGCCCCUUCAUGCCAGGGUUUGGACUUGUCCCCUACAAUGAUACAGCAGCUCUGGAGGAGGAGUUAAAGGACCCUAACACAUGUGCCUUUAUGGUGGAGCCGAUACAGGGAGAGGCAGGUGUCGUCGUUCCUGACGAAGGCUACCUCACCAAGGUCAGACAACUCUGUGACAAAUACAAUGUCCUGUGGAUAGCUGAUGAGGUCCAGACUGGACUUGCUCGGACUGGCAGGCGACUGUGUGUGGAUCACGAGAAUGUACGCCCGGACAUUGUGCUGCUUGGUAAAGCUUUAUCUGGUGGAGUCCUACCGGUGUCAGCUGUUUUGGCUGAUGAUCCUGUUAUGUUGACGAUCCAGCCCGGAGAACAUGGCUCCACGUACGGAGGAAACCCUCUCGCCUGUAAGGUGGCCCUAGCAGCACUCCAGGUAUUGGAGGAGGAAAAGCUGGCUGAGAAGGCAGAUCGUCUGGGACAAAUUCUCCGUAAGGAACUAAUGGAGCUUCCAAAGGAUUUGGUCAAAACAGUGAGAGGAAAGGGCCUUCUCAACGCCAUAGUCAUCAAUGAAAAGCAUGACGCUAUGGAUGUUUGUCUGCGUUUCCGGGACAGAGGCCUCCUUGCCAAGCCUACCCAUGGUGACAUCAUCAGAUUUGCCCCGCCCCUUAUCAUGAGUGAUGAUCAGAUGCAGGACUGUAUCGGCAUCAUCAAGAAAACCAUCAUGGAAUUUGCAUAAGAAUCAUCACUGAAUUCCACUGUGUUUAUAGUCAAGGGACAUAACUCUUAAUUGGUGGUCACUGUUUCAUUUUUAACUGUAAUUUACAAUGCUUCUUUCUAUUCAGCAUCUAUAGCUUGAGAAUCGAGAUUGAUGUGAAAUAUCUGCCUUCUACUCUUCAGUCAUGCCAAUUUACUUGUCAGUUUUACAUUUUAAAUUUUAAGUGAGGUAGAAAAUGUUUUUUGAAAACAAUAAGUCAUGAUAGCCUGUACAUGAUACUCUUUAUGAUAAACACUA